AAUUAGCCAACAGCUGGCCCUGUCCAUUUUCUCUCUGCCCAACACGUCUACAAUGGCUUCUCUCUGCGCGCUCUCUCCACCGUCCACUUCCGCUUCUUCUUCUUCUUCUCGUCCGCAACUUCAUCGGCGAGGCGUUCUCUCUACUUUCAGAAUCCGAGCUUCUUCUUCUUCUUCUUUGGAUUCUUCGGCUUCUACUUCUUCGCCGAGAGUGGUGGUGACCAGAGAGCGUGGCAAGAACGGCAAGCUCAUCAAAGCUCUGGCAAAGCAUGGGAUCAACUGUCUGGAGCUUCCCCUCGUUCAGCAUACACAUGGUCCUGAUAGGGAUAUGCUUUCUUCUGUAAUAAGUGACACAGAAUUUGACUGGAUUGUAAUAACUUCCCCCGAGGCGGGUUCAGUCUUUCUGGAAGCAUGGAAGGCUGCUGGGACCCCAAGUGUUAAUGUAGGUGUUGUGGGAGCUGGUACAGCGAGCGUUUUUGAGGAUGUAAGGCAGUUCUCCAAGCAAUCACUCAAUGUUGCCUUUGCACCCUCAAAAGCUACGGGUAAGGUUCUGGCUUCUGAGCUUCCGAAGAAUGGGAAAAGAUGCAGAGUUUUAUAUCCUGCUUCUGCAAAAGCUAGCAAUGAGAUUGAGGAAGGCUUGUCUAGUCGUGGAUUUGAGGUCACAAGGCUAAAUACAUAUACAACGGUACCAGUCCAGCAUGUUGACCCAGUGCUUUUAAAGCAGGCACUUUCUACUCCUGUUGUUGCAGUUGCUUCACCUUCAGCGGUUCGAGCCUGGGUUAAACUUAUUUUGGAUUCAAAGAGGUGGAACAAUUCAGUCGCCUGUAUCGGUGAGACAACCGCUUUGGCUGGGAAAAGAUUAGGCCUACAAAAUGUGUACUACCCGGCACAACCGGGCCUUGAAGGGUGGGUUGACAGCAUCCGUGAGGCAUUGGGAGCACAUGAUCAUUUCUAGAAAGUGAUUUUAUCAAGUUUUCUCCCAGGACUUGGCAGGCUGAGAACGAGGCAACAAGUUCAGGAUUAUUGCGUUGCAGCUUCUGCACAAACUAGCUGCAAGACGAAGAUGAAUUUUUUUGCUAGCAGCAGCAUGACGGAAAGGUGUAUGACACUCUUUUACACCCUGAAGACACCAUUUCCAACGGGCAGAACUUUCUUUCGAGGUUUGUCAAGGGAUUUCCAGAGGAAUUUGUGACAAAGAAAGCUUUCCGUUUUCAUAUUAAACCCAACAUCAGCCGACUCUGUUGACAAGCUUUGGUUUUGCUACUUCAUGAAACACUGACUACUAAAUUUUUGUAAGGGAUUUUGUCUGGUGACUAUUGUUUUGGUCCAUAUAUUGUGCUGUAUCAUCCGCUUUCUAUAUUUAAAUUCUUUAUGCUCAAUUUAUAAGAGAAGAAGCUUUUUAUGCUAUCA